AUGCCAAAGACAUUAAGAAGUGGUGAAAGAGAAUUGGUUCUCAAAGUUAAAAAGUUUUGUGAACGUGAAAAAGCUAAUAAAGCUCCUCUUAUUCCAUUUCAAGAUGUUCGCAGUCGGGUAGCGGCAAUGACAGGUAUAUCAGAAAAGACGGUGACAAAAAUAAGUCAAGAAGGUGCAGUUGCCGCAAGUACAUCCACGAAAAUUUCAACUCCGGGAAAAUCACGCCCACACGAAAAGAGAGUUAAAUUCGAUGACUUUGACCUAUGUGUUAUACGUCAUAAAGUUCAUGAAUUUAUGCUGUUCGAAAAGAAGUUCCGACCC